AUGAAAGUCGUAUUAUUUAGAGAGAGAGAGAGAAGAUUUGGUUUGUUGAGUAAUGGAGUGACGCCAUUGAAGACGCAAGUGCAGCACAGCUUGGAGGAUUGACGCCAUCCCUUCCGUCAUUGGAACGACUUCACCUGCUAACCCCAAAUAGUAAACACGUUUCUCUUCCUCCGUUCSAUUUGCUUUUGAUUUUCCCAAUUCGAUUCGCAGUUCGCACUACCCUCCCUUUUCUCUCUCCAUCGUCUUUUCCCUUUCUCCCUCUCUUCAAAUCAAAUCCCAUUACUGCUCUAUAGGGGAAGGGUGUCUCUGCUUUUAGCUUUAUUUGGUUUCUGAAAGCGACGAUCAAAGUUUUGCUUACCGCCACUUCUGGGUUUCCGUUGGAUUUCUGUUUCUGAUUCCCGAUUUGGGUCUCCCGAAUUUUGCUCUCUUGGGGACAAUUUGAGUUCAUUUCGGCAAAUUCUCUUCUCUGUAUAUUUUGUGGUUUCUGGGUCUUGCUUGCUGUGUUUUUUUAUUCCUUUUUGGAAGUGGGAAUUUGUUGUGUGCCUAAAGAUUCCAUGGACCUGCUUUAUUUCCUCUUUGACGCAUUUCUUUGGAAUUGGAAAUUUUAAGCUCAGUUCGAUGCUGAAUUCAUUGUAAUUUGGAAUUUUGUCUGCACCCAGUUAAGAGAUUUUUUAAAAAUCUGAAUUACUUGAAUGAGAAACUUUGUAGAGAGGAAUUCUCUGUUCAUGUAGUUUGAAUGAAUACUUUUAUGAUCAGUUCGUGGUUGACCUGUUUUGAAGUUAUAUACUACACAUCAUGUUGCUGUUAGCAUCCUGGUUCGUUUGUUUCUCAAAUUAAGUCUUGUCAAAUCAGUUCGAUUUAGCAUGAUCUCGUUCUAUCUCUUUCUAGAAUUAGAAACUCCUUUUAGGUUUUUUCUCCUUUCCUGAAAUUGUCUCAGAAUUCGGAGUCAAUGAGAAUUGACUUGUUGGAGGCUUAGAGCUCAGGUGUUCUAUUUUUCCCAUCUGGUUUGAUGGCUGAUUCGUAUGAACCAUCAUCAUCUUUGAGCUUCACUUCAUCUUCACAUACAAAUGGGUCUCAGAGUUGUAACGUGUCCACCUCUCCUGCCUCCUCUGAACCAGUGCCUAGUCUUGAAGUGAUCAGCUUAAACAAGCUUAGCUCUAAUUUGGCUCGGCUUUUGGUUGAUGAUGGUGCUGAUUAUACUGAUGCUGAUAUUGUAGUUGAGGGUGUCUCAGUUGGUAUUCACCGAUGUAUUUUGGCUGCUAGGAGUAGGUUUUUCCACGACCUUUUUCGAAAAGAUGAAAAUUCGUCGUCUAUAAAAGAUGGUAAACCGAAGUAUAAUAUGGAUGAGUUGAUCCCUCACGGCAAGAUUGGAUAUGAAGCCUUCUUAAUAUUGUUGAGUUACUUGUAUACUGGAAAGCUGAAGCCAUCUCCUGCAGAUGUGUCAACUUGUGUUGACAGUUCAUGUGCCCAUGAUGCUUGUGGACCUGCCAUUGAUUUUGCAGUGCAAUUGACUUAUGCAUCUUCCAUAUUUCAAAUACCCGAGCUUGUUUCUUUGUUUCAGCGACAUCUGCUUAACUAUGUUGCGAAGGCUUUAGUGGAAAAUGUCAUCCAAAUCCUAGUGGGAGCUUUCCACUGCCAAUUGAAUCUUCUUGUCACUGAAUGCAUUAAAAGAAUAGCUCGUUCUGAUCUCAAUUGUGUUUCUCUCGAGAAAGGACUUCCCUAUGAGGUUGCUGAAAGAAUUAAAUUGGUUCGGCUCAAGUCUCAGGGCGAUGAUGAGCAUAACCUUGUACCCGACAGUCCUCGUGAAAAGAGAAUCAAAAGAAUAUGCCUGGCAUUAGACUCGGAUGAUGUUGAACUCAUGAAACUUCUUCUAUCUGAAUCAGAUGUAACACUAGAUGAGGCCAAUGCCCUGCAUUAUGCUGCAGCGUAUUGUGAUCCUAAGACUGUGACCGAGGUUCUUAAUCUGAGUAUGGUUGAUGUUAACCUCCGAAAUUCUCGUGGUUACACCGUCCUUCAUGUUGCUGCAAUGCGUAAGGAUCCGUUGGUGAUAAUAUCCCUUCUUGACAAGGGAGCUUCGGCAUUUGAUUUGACCUUGGAUGGUCGGACUGCUGCAAAUAUCUGUAGGAGGUUAACAAGGCCAAAGGAUUAUCAUGCUGUAACCGAAAAGGGGCAGGAAGCAAACAGAGACCGCUUGUGCAUCGACAUGUUAGAGAGAGAAAUGUGGAGAAAUCCACCAACUUCAGAUUCAUCCAUUCUUUCUCUUACUAUGGCUGAUGAUCUGCACAUGAAGUUGCUUUACCUCGAAAACAGAGUAGCGUUUGCACGAUUACUCUUCCCAUCGGAGGCCAGGCUCGCCAUGGACAUCGCAAAUGCCGACACAACUUCUGAGUUCCCUGGUAUUUCUAUUCCCAAAGGUUCAAAUAAGAAUCUGAGGGAGGUUGAUUUAAAUGAAACACCAAUUAUGCAGAACAAAAGAUUUCUUUCCAGAAUGAGGGCCCUUAUGAAAACAGUGGAAAUGGGUAGACGCUACUUUCCAAACUGCUCAGAAGCACUGGAUAAGUUCAUGGAGGAUGACCUUCCUGAUCUAUUUUACCUCGAGAAGGGCACGUCCGAGGAGCAGCGGAUUAAGCGGAAGCGUUUCAAGGAGCUCAAAAUGGAUGUUCAAAAGGCAUUUGAUAAAGACAAGGCAGCCAAGCUCAACCAAUCUGGGUUGUCUCCAUCAUCGUCAUCAACGACAUUGAAGGAUGCUGCSAACCCCAACAAGGUAAGGAAAUAGUAAAAGCAUAUCAUGUAUUUUACAUACAAUAAGCUGAAAGUUUCAAGCCUUGUUGUUUGAGAAAUGAAAUGGAAUCUUGUUCUGUUCUUAAGGGCAUUGGAAGGUUUGCUCUUUGUAUAAUGAGUUAACUAGGAAGGCAAAAAUAUGUCUCCAUUUUUUCUUUGGAGCUAGCAAAUGCUUUCAGUUUGUAAUGUUGUGGAAACUGAUGUGUUUUAACCUGAAAAUGGGAGAGGCUUGGUAGAUCGAACCAUUGACAUUUAAAAUAGUAAAAUAGUAAGAGUAAUAGAUGUUUUAUCCA